AUGUCGGAGCAAUUCCAAAAAACAAUAACAGAAUUCAUCAAAGCCCAACAAGUACAGGCGCAGCUACAGCAGGAUCAAUUGAUGAAGAAUCAACAAGAAUUUCUUUUACUCCUGUCUCAGAGUUUCAAGUCAAGUGAAGUUUCACCAAAAUCUGCAGAAGUAAGUGAAGAAUUUCGUAUGGAAACUCUAGGCAAUGGAAUCACUGAAUUCCACUAUGAUCCAGAAAACAACAUUACUUUCGAUGCAUGGUACCGACGUUAUGAGAGUUUGUUCAUCGAGGAUGCACAAAAACUCUCAGAUCCAGCUAAAGUGAGACUUUUACUCAGGAAAUUGGACACACAAGUUCAUCAACAAUUCAUCAAUCUUAUUUUGCCAAAAGAGCCUAAAGAAAUCGAUUUCAAAGAUACAGUAGCUAAACUCAAAGAAAUGUUCGGAAAGAAAACUUCAAUUUUUAACACUCGUUAUCAGUGUAUGAAACUUACUAAAAAUAGUGCGGAAGAUUUCGUUGCAUAUGCUGCAAAAGUGAAUAAGUUUUGUGAAGACUUUGACAUCUGGAAAAUAACAGCUGAUCAAUUCAAAUGUCUUAUUUUCGUGUGUGGGCUUGAGUCUGUUGACGAUUCAGAUGUGAAAUCACGACUAUUAUCGAAAAUUGAUGGGAAAAACUCAGAAUCUCUCAACCUUGAAGAUUUAAUUUCUGAAUGUCAGCGUAUAAUCAAUUUGAAGAAAGAUACCGCAAUGGUAGAACAUGCCAACACAUCAAUGGUAAACGCAAUUUCAAAAAAGAACUAUUGGUCAUCAAAGAAAUCGUAUGACGACAAUAAGGAAGAUAAAGUAGAAUCGAAUAUUUCUUCAAGCAGAGAUAGACCAAAAUCAGCAUGUUGGUAUUGUGGUCAGAUGCAUUUUGCCAAGGAUUGUACCUACCGGAAUCACACAUGUAAAAACUGCAACAAAGUUGGUCACAAGGAAGGGUUUUGUGGCAAGAAUAAGAAGAGGAACUACAAGCAGAACAGCAAUUACAGAAGCAACAUAAUAUCUCAGGUGAAUUCACUAACAGGACGCAAAUAUCUGCAAUUAAUGAUCAAUGGCGUAAUGGUCAAUCUGCAAAUCGAUACUGCCUCAGAUAUCACCAUAAUAUCGGAGGAAAUGUGGACCAAACUAGGAAAGCCUCAAUGUUUCCCAACGAAAAAUUUAGUCAGAAAUGCAAGCGGUCAACAACUUCCUCUCAUUUCAGAAUUCAAAUGCAACAUAGCCCUUAACAAUCAAUCAUAUUCAGGAAAAUGCUAUGUUAGUCCAGUGAAGAAUCUCAAUUUAUUGGGAAUCGAUUGGAUCACGAUGUUUGGAUUGUGGGACAUUCCACUGAAUUCUAUUUGUAAUGUGAUGUCUGUGUCAAGAAAAGAUAUGUUACCCUAA